CGAAAUGAGAUGCAACAUGUUGCACGUGUCACGUGAAACGCACCUUCCCAUCUCCUCUAUCGACAAACAGAACAGUUCCUCUUCUUCAUAAUUCUCCUUCUUCUUUCCUCCUUUCUCAAGUUCUCAUUCCAAAAUCGUAUAGCGACAUCGAAUCGUACUCAUCAGAAACAAUAUAGGUUAUGUCUAUCAGAUUCAAAUUCAGAAGCUCUGUCAAUUUCGAUACAAUCGAAAUCGAUGGUGGUAAACCCUACAUAUCGGUGGGAGAACUCAGAUCUAAAAUUCUCUGUCAGAAGAAGUUAAGCGGCAUAUGCCAUAAAGAUUUUGAUCUCGUCUUCUUAGAUGACCUCACUGGUCAAGAGUACAAUGACGAUGACUUCAAGAUUCCUAGUGGUUCGAGUGUUAUCAUAAAGAGGGUUCCAGCAGAACCGGUGCCUUUAGCUAUGUUAAGACAUCAUAAACCUGAAGCAAGUGAGCUUAGUGAAGAUAUUCCGAAAGGUAUCAAUCACAACAAACCUGAAGAAAUAAUUCUAGCGAAGAAGCCUGAACCUGUAGAUGUUGAACACAUAGAAUUGGAAAAGGUGGCGAACACAAAGGGUAUUGAUCUGGAAAAAGUUGACUUGCCAUCAGAACUAAGAUGUCCUAUUUGCAACACAUAUUUCAAGAAUGCUGUGAUGAUACCAUGCUGUCAGCAUAGCUUCUGUAAAAAAUGCAUCUGUGAUGUACUUCCAUUGAAGGCAAGGUGCCCUAAAUGUUCUUCCACCAAGUACAGGGUAGAACACUUGCUACCAAAUUUAUCCCUCAGGCAUGCCAUUGAGCAUUUUCUUGAAUCCCAGAUUCUUGCCACUGCUCCUGAAAAUGAUUUGCAGAAAUAUGUCCCAGAUGGAGAAUCUGGUAUUCAGGGAAAGGAGGUUUCCACUAAAAGGAAAUUGGAUUUGCUUUAUUCUGAGAAAGGACCAAAUCAGAAGAAUAUGGGAGAGUCUGUUUACGAGUCACUAAACAAGAAAAAUAAUUUCUUGAAUUCAACUCCUUUGCUUAAAGUUAAGAAUAGAGAUGCUCAUGAAGAUCUGACACCUUCUGUGGACUCUGAAGGUGAAAACCAGCCUGUUAUACCUCAAGUUUGCAUGCCAAAUGAAGGUGGAGAUCGAGGUUAUGCAGUUAACAAUAGAAACAACAUGGGGGGGCGAACCUGCUACAUGUGUGGCUCUCCAACCCAUUUCAUAAGAGAUUGCCCUAUUGCUUCCAAUGAACAUCAUAUGUAUCAUAAAGGGGAUCAUAUGUUUCAAGGAGGUGUGUCAGGCUACCCGAUGCCCUACUGGAACACUCCCACUCCCAUGUUCCCUCCAUUCAAUCCUUACAUGAAUAUGUAUGGAAAUCCAGGGAUGCUCCCUUUUAGUCCUGUCACACCUUAUGGAGUUCCACCUUAUGUUGCAUCUACAUAUGCCACCUUUCCUGUUCCUAGUGGUGUUACAAGAAUGGGAGGUAUGGCACCUGUAGGACCCAGAGCUGAACAUUCCACAAGACGCCCUGAGAAUUUUGACUUUGAUAACCGAAUGAAAUAUGGUCAUGAAAAGAGACAAAGGUCUUCCGAUUAUGAAGAUGAUGGAAAUGGAAUCCCAAAGCGCCAUGAGUCUCACUCCCAUGAGGUUUCUAGAUCAUCAGAAUAUAAAUCCCAAAGAAACAGGGGAAAGGCUGUGAGCAAUUCAGAAGAAAGCCAUGGCAGAAAGUUACAAAAAGACAAGCAUCAAGAUCUAAACAUCAAAUCUAGUCACAAUAAAAGAUAUGAAAAACGUUCUCAUUCCACAAAUGAUGGUCGAGAACAUGGAUCAUAUCAUACAGAUAGAUCAAUUUCAGGGGUAGAAGUAGAAGAUGUGCAUAGUGGUAACCAUAGGUCUGAUGAAGUGAGGCAUAAAAAUGACAAAAAGGAUCAUCAUCAUCAUCAUCAAUCAGACAGUGAUUGUAGCUGUAGCCGUCAUUCAAGAAGAAGAAGGGAUAAUAAAAGGAAGGACAUGUGGCAGAUGGUCAAUGGUUCUUCAGAUAAUGACUAUAAUCAUCAUCAGAAUAAGAGGAAGAAAGCAAUCUUACCUGAUUUAAUAGUGUGUGAAGACUUAUUGGAGCCGAUUGAGAUGUAGAAACUUAAAAUGAAGCACCAAAAGACCCCCUUUUGACCAGUAUUAAAAAUUAUCCAUCUGACCUGGCCAUUGUGCCAUCUCUGUUUUGGAACACUACAAAAUGGAGCCAAAAAUAGAGGCUUCACGAUCGUUACCAACAUAUCAAGUUUUCCAAACGGAAAGGGAAGAGGAGUGUGAGGCUUCGGUGGGUUAUAAGAGGAUGGGAACUAGGUAGCAGCAGUUGUCGGUCAGGAAGAGCAUCACCGGUGCUCGAUCAGAAGAAAUAGGGAAAAAGAGGAGCGACAUCAGGGUUGUCGUCUAUUGCUUUGCCGGGGAUGGUUGUUCCUCUUUCGAUUCUUGUAGUGGAUGCGAUGGGGGCUGCUUCGGCAGCUCCCUUGUUCUUUCUUCUUCUUCAAAAAAAAAUGGAUGCUUGGGUUUGAUAUUUGGUUGGGAAUAUAGAAAGAAUAACGGAUGGGAAGCAGUCGGUGUUUGAUCACGAUUUUCCCUCGACACUUGGAGCUCGACAAGGGCUGUUGACCGCCGGGAAAGAUGACCACAACCUGGGGUGGUCGAAGGAGGAUUUGGGGAUCAUCUAAUAAUGAGAAAGGAAGCAGAAGGGAGGUCGGUGAUACUAUACUUAUAAAGGAAACAUUUUUUCCUUUCACCAUAUUAAUUUGAAACUCCCAACUUUUCAUAUUUUCAUAUAAAUACUUUCAAACUUAAAUAUGUUAUUAAUUAUAAAUAUUAUUAUAAAUGGAAGACAACUUGAAUUAUCAAUAACUUCAAUAUAACAUUAAAUGCAUAACCUAAAUUAAUAUAUCAAAC